CGACAUUUUGGGGGUUCGGUUUCUAGCCCUCCGUCCUCACUCCCCGCAUAUCUUUCUGCGUGUUUCGGGGGAUAUUUCUUCUCUAUCUGGGUGUUUGGAACCGAAACCGAACACAGACGGAGCCGUGUUUAAGGCUACUUCAGUGGGCGGAUAAAGCGGAGGAGGGCAUCCGGGCCUGGCUGCUCCGGAGGUUCGGCUUGAAACGACGGAAAUCAUCAUUUUCAGGCCGUGCACUGCCCUGCUAUGGAAAAGAUGAAGAGGAUUAAGAAGCGUCUGUCGUUAACACUCCGCUCCAGUCAGACCAUCGACGAGUCUCUGUCUGAACUGGCUGAGCAGAUGACCAUCGAGGAUGGUGGCACCAAGGACAACGAGCCCUUCAUGAGGAACGGCCGCCCCCCCACCUCCCACAGCAUGCACUCCUUUCUGCACCAGUACACCGGCUCCUUCAAGAAGCCCCCCCUCCGCCGGCCGCACAGCGUCAUCGGUGGCACCCUGGGAUCCUUCAUGGCAAUGCCGCGCAACGGCAGUCGCCUGGACAUUGUGCACGAGAACCUGAAGAUGGGCUCAGACGGGGAGAGCGACCAGGCGUCGGGCACGUCCUCAGACGAGGUGCAAUCUCCCACCGGCGUCUGCCUGAGGAACCGCAUCCACCGGCGGAUCUCCAUGGAGGACCUCAACAAGCGUUUGUCCCUGCCCGCUGACAUCCGGAUUCCCGACGGUUACCUGGAGAAGCUGCAGCUCAGCAGCCCGCCCUUCGACCAGCCGCUCAGCCGACGCUCCCGCCGAGCCUCGCUGUCCGAGAUUGGUUUUGGGAAGUUGGAGACGUACAUUAAGCUGGACAAACUGGGAGAGGGAACCUACGCCACAGUAUUUAAAGGACGCAGUAAGCUGACGGACAACCUGGUGGCGCUGAAGGAGAUCCGACUGGAGCAUGAGGAGGGAGCACCAUGCACCGCGAUCAGAGAAGUGUCGUUACUGAAGGACCUCAAACACGCAAACAUCGUAACACUACACGACAUCGUCCACACUGACAAGAGCCUCACGCUCGUCUUCGAGUACCUGGAUAAGGACCUGAAGCAGUACAUGGAUGACUGUGGAAACAUAAUGAGCAUGCACAAUGUGAAGGUCUUCCUGUUCCAGAUUUUGCGAGGGCUGUCAUAUUGUCAUAAGAGGAAAGUUCUCCACAGGGACCUCAAGCCCCAGAACCUCCUUAUCAACGACAGAGGAGAACUAAAACUGGCUGAUUUCGGUCUGGCGAGGGCCAAGUCUGUCCCCACUAAAACUUACUCCAACGAGGUUGUGACCCUGUGGUACCGGCCUCCUGAUGUCCUCCUGGGAUCCUCUGAGUAUUCGACACAGAUCGACAUGUGGGGUGUUGGUUGCAUAUUCUACGAGAUGGCUGCAGGUCGGCCGCUGUUCCCCGGCUCCACCGUGGAGGACGAGCUCCACCUCAUUUUCAGGUUACUGGGCACACCCACAGAGGAGAACUGGCCGGGAAUCUCCUCCAUCGAAGAGUUCAAAUCCUACAACUUCCCCAAAUACAAACCACAGCCGCUAAUCAACCACGCUCCCAGGCUGGACGGUGAAGGCAUCGAGCUACUGCUCUCUUUCCUCAAAUACGAAUCCAAGAAGAGGAUUUCAGCUGAAGACGCUAUGAAACAUUCCUACUUCAGGCAGCUCGGGAUGCGAGUUCACACACUGCCCGAGAGUGUAUCAAUAUUCACAUUAAAGGAAGUGCAGCUGCAGAGAGACCCAGGCUACAGGAACUCCUCAUACCCAGAGUCAGGUAAUGGCAAGAUCAACAGGAGGCAGAGCAUGCUCUUCUAAUCUCUGAUGAUGAGGAUUUUCAGACGCCCAACCUCCUUAUCCCUUCCCACCAACCUCUCGCAUGAGCCCAUCUCCCAUUGGAGUGAACCCCCCCACCUCCCCUGUACCUGCACACACACACACACACACACAUAACCACGCGCACACACCCCACUGAGCGAGUGACUCUGGGUUGAAUCUAUUUGGAGACUGUGUUUAUUUAUUGGGGGGCGGGGUGAGGUUGAAUUUUUUGCUGCUAAACUACUACUGUCUGUAUUUAACACACCACGUGUGUGUGUCUGUGUGUGUGCGCGGGUGCAUGUGUUUGUGUGUACAUGAUGUGAACUCGAGACGCCAUGCACAGCUGAGCAGUCAGUAAGGUUACCAUUGUUUUUUCUUCUGACUACGAUUCUCCGGCUUCGUUUGAGUUGGAUUUCCACUGAUGUUGAUGUCGACGCUGUGAUCCAAGUUGUUGUUCCUGUUGUUGUGCUUGGAGACCGAACGCUUCAGUUUCUUCAGAUUUUCUUUUCUAAAUAUGUACACAGUAUCUAUAUAUAUUUGGAGUUCAUGUUUUGUUUUUCUUAGAGCUUCCAUGACUGAACUCUACAACAUUUCCGGGUUUAGAGAGACUGGGACGGUUAUAUGGUCUUAGUUGGGGAAAAACGGUUCCUCUGGAUUCCUCGUUGUUUUUUUUUAAACAUUUCAGUUGAAUCUGCUUCUAGAGGUCCUGCUUCCCUCUGGGGGGGGUUACACUGAGGGUCAGAAAGCAGGACUGGGAGUGGAUUGCGGUGACAGUUUUGGUCUGUGGGUUAAAGAAGCACACACAGAGUCCAAUCAAACUGGGAGAACAUGAAACCAACUUUCGGUUCUUUUGUUCUUUUGGCCAUUCCGGCUCAGCAACGGGACCAAAACUGAGGCGGAGGGGGAGGCAAACCGUUCAGGAGAUGGCGAAAAGCACGGAUUAAAGAGGAGGAAUACUGGAGCUGAACAGGAAGUCAUGUGACGUCCCACAGGAAGCCAGCAAGCCUUCCCUAAAACCCCUCGCAAACCUGCCAGGACUUCAGUGUUUUUUUUCUGUUUUUUUUUUUAAUGCAAGCUACACUUUGUCGCUCUGUGUGCAUUCGGAUAUCUCACUGCAGUAACUCUUUGUUUUUAACUUGCACUUCAGUGUGUUUUUUUUUUUCUUCUUGGAAUCAGGGACCCGGGCCUCGACGCGGCCGAGUUUACCCAGCAGUAUUAAGAUAUGUUCUCUGUGUCUGUGACCUUUGACCUCUCCGUGUGAAACAACAGCGUCAAUGUGGCAUGUUUUUUCGGAGGGGGGGGUGGGGCGGCGCAUUCAUCAAAAGCGAAAUGGUUGAUUUCCACUUGGCGUCGGACCACUGCUCUCUCCGGCAUUUGUACACGAGAAAAAAAAAGAUUUCAAAUUGAAAUGUUAGAUUUAACUGCCCGCUGUGUUGUUUGCAACUUGCAGUGAUUCUACAGAUGAAGCCAUUAGAGAAAUCUCACUUUUGACUGCAUGUUUACUGAAGCAAAUGGAAGAUCUCCCGAAAUUCACUCAGACACUUACACUAUAAUGUCUGCUGGUGUGCUUUGCAGUCCUGGCUUUGUUUAGUAGCAGUGAGUAUUUGUCUUAUUCCUGUGGACCAACGAAGGUGUAGUCACUUCUUCUCCAGAUAUUUCCAACAGCUAUGUUGCAAAAAAGUGUUUCAUGGCUUUUAAGGAACAUUUUGCUUGUUUGCCUGCAUGCAAGCGUUAGAUGAGAAUAUGGAUGCCACACUUGUGUCUGUGCAGUAAUGACGCUAGCACCAGGAGCAUCUUAGCUUAGCUUAGCUUAGCACAAAGAAAUAAACAGAAGAAACAGCUAGCCUGGCUCUGAGGUAACUAUUAUAUCUGGUUUGUUCAGUUCAAACAAAGUCUUGUCUUGGCUGUGUAUAGUAACUUCUUAGAGUCUUGCAAACAGAGGUGCUGGUAGGAAAAUGUUGUUGCCUUUAGAAAGAACCAGGCGAGCUGUUUCUAUUUUUUUAUGCUAAGCUAAGAUCUGCUAAGCAGCUGCUGCCCCCCUCUACAUGUUUAUUGUAGCAGAGAGUGGUAUUGAUCUCGUCAUCUAACGUUCAGUAAAUAAGUAAACAAGUCUAUAACCCAAAAUGUCAUGACUUGUGGUAAACAUAAUGUUUUAGGUACAGACUUUCAGUAUUUCAGAAUCAGAAUGCAAGAGCCACACUGGGACAAAUCCAUCAUGGAAAAGGCAGAGAGCAAUUUCUGCGCUCACAGUAGCAAAAAUAGAAGUGAGUGCAGUGCAUAUAUAAGCUUCUGCACCAAUAAACACCAGGGAUGCACUGAAUAUCACAGCUUCAACAUGUAAAAGUGUGAGAAGAUCUGAGGGAGAUUUUCCUGUUGCUGCAGCUCAUUUGCUCAACAUCAACAUGAAAAUGUCACAUUUAUUGAGAUUUAAAGGAUUUGAGCAACACUAGAGUUCUCUGUUUCAACAUGCAGAUUGGGUGGAACAUGCUAGAAAAGUGUUAAAAGCACUACUAGUGCUUGACAGUCAUUCAUGGCUAAGAGAAUUAAUGUAAUAAGCAUUAACUUAAACGCAGUUUGCAGCAAAGAGUGUAAUAGUCCUGUAAAGAUACUGUAUUUCUCAUCAUUUCUUUUCUUUCAACAUGGAUUCAAUUGUUUUCAAACGCUCGAUCAACAAGCUCAUAAUUUGAUUAAUUAGCGCAACACAAAUUUAGAACAGAACAAGUACAGAUGGAAGAUGCUGUCAACGGUUUACAUUCCAAAUACAAUUAUGUCAAAAAGUAAUUAUAUGCAGUAGGCGAUUUGUUCAUUUUUAAUCCUGAUAGAUUUAAUAUUAACCCUAACCCUGUUUUAAUAACCAUAUCUGUAUUGUAUUUCCAAGAGCAUAGAAGCUACUGAAUGAGCAUAGGAAUUUUACAGAAAUGUGAGAAAUGGCAGGAAAAUGACAGAAGGGCAGGACUGAGGAAAAAAGGCACAAUUACAAGUCUGCUACUUCAGCACCACGGACAGCACAAAGGUUCAUCACUACAGAGCACAGUUAGACGAAUGAUACUCCAGGGGCAUGGUCAGGGUCAUAACCAGCAUAAAACAUCAGUCAGAUAAAGGAUCAAUGAGUCAGGCAGGCUAGACCAACACAUUCAACUAAACAACCCCUCUGGCCCUGCACUCUCUCUGCUUCUAGGAGAGGAGGAUGACGGGUCAGCAAGGGAAUGCAUUUUGCUAACAAGGAGGGUGGCUGUCUUUUUCGUUUUGUACACAUUUCAGCCAUGAGAAUGCAGGAUUAUUUCGCUAGUGACUGCAAACAGUGUUUCUGCUAAUCGCAGCUUUUUUUGUACAUGAACAGCAGCGACAUGCAUGAAAGUGGAUUUCUACAAUGGCUAAAUAUUUGUCAUUGUAAAAUUGUAAAACUUUUUCAAAUGUAUGAAUGACCUGACUUUAUGUGAACAUGUCUGAACGUGCGUGUGUAUGUGCGUGCGUGUGUGUGUGCCUGAUGCAUGGAAGGCCUGCUGUGUUGUGAAUUCGACCUCUCUGAAACACUGAGCUGCCGGUCAACAGUUGGUGUGUGACUCUUUUUACUGGAACUAUUUAUUUCUCAUAACCAUGGAAAGUAAAUUUAAUCUGUUU